AUGAUAAUUGUGAGAAAAAAGUCCUUCGAUAAUAAGCAGCAAAAACACAGUUUUACUAACAUCUCGUUCGUGAUAAUAAUAUUCAUCACACCUUUUUUUACAGACGUUUCCUCUGACAGAAGAAAGGCCAGAAAGGCUUAUUUCACUGCCCCAUCCUCUGAACGUCGUGUGUUCUUGUCCGCUCCUUUGUCCAAGGAGUUGAGAGAACAAUACAACGUCAAGGCUUUGCCAAUCAGAAAGGAUGACGAAGUUUUGGUUGUCCGUGGUUCCAAGAAGGGUCAAGAAGGUAAGGUCUCCUCUGUCUACAGAUUGAAGUUCGCUGUUCAAGUUGACAAGUUGACCAAGGAAAAGUCCAACGGUGCUUCCGUUCCAACCAACAUCCACCCAUCUAAGGUUGUCAUCACCAAGUUGCACUUGGACAAGGACAGAAAGGCCUUGAUCCAAAGAAAGGGUGGUAAAUUGGAAUAA